AGCGAGAGAAAAAAAAUAUAGAUUUCUAAAUCCUAAAAUCUACUAAGGUUACUACUAUAAUAACGAACAAAUAACGUGCAUCAUGCAUCUCAGGUUGGAGCGGCUGACAGAAUAUUUUUGGAUAUUCGUGCAGUCGUUAGCCGAGAAUCGAAUAUCUCAGCAGAUAUCCGAUAUCAAAUAUCUGUGCGAGAUAUAAUAAUGAUAAUAUGGUGGCUUCAUCUUUAUUCAUGAGUCUUUAUCUUUACUCACAAAGUUAAUAUUUCUUUAGAAUGUUUAGUAGCAUAAAAUAAUAAAAAUGUUCGUCACAUGUUGUGUAAUAUUUUUUGUUAUUUUGAUCUUUAACUUUUCAUUAUUUUGUGCGUAUUCACCCGUGACCAUCACAAUAAGGAGAAAUACACUCCAUUGUUUUUUAAUUUAGCCACCCGAUUGGCAAAUGUGUGAAAGUAAUGAAUUAUAAAAGAAACAGCACUUACAAAGAUGUAAACAAAACUGGUAUUUUUAACAGACUGUUUUAUAUUUUGGAUCUAGUCUGAUGUCGUUUUCCAAAGUUUUAGGUAUGACUUCAGCGAAGCAUCAACUUGCAAAUCAAAGUAUAAAUGCAAAGAAACCAACACGUCCGCUACAUUUGCUUACAUCAGCAUGAAUAAACUCAACAACACAAAGUUGAAUGGAACCAUACUAUCAACACAUUAUGUUGAAAAUACUACAAGAUGUAUUAAACUCUGCGCAAUGCAUGAUGGAUGUGUUUCAACUAAUGUUGGUCCAAACAACGGAUCAAAUUUUGUUUGUCAAUUGCUUGGUGGUGACAAAUACACGAAUCCAACUUUACUUGUCAAUGCUACUGGAUGGUCGCUUUUUACGACAGCUACCAGAUGCGAUAACAAUCCAUGCAAUGGAAGAUGUUUACCACAAAAUGAAACCUUCAAAUGCGCUGCUUCCUUAAAUCCAUCUGUAGCUUAUGACCGGCCUUUACUAAAUUUCACAUUUGAUAAAGACUUUGGUUGCUCUGGUUGCCACGUUACAGCACAUUGGGGAGAUGGAAAACGAAUAAAUGUUCCUGACCGGAUGAAAAAAGUAUUGUAUUUUCCUGAAAAAAGUGAAGGAGAACAAAGGCUUUUAUUUCCCGGGGGAUGCUUUAGAGAUUUAACACCUGCGUUUCCUAGAAACUGCGACAGUGAUGGAUUCAUAUUUUCAUUUUGGUACAGAACGUUCAUGCGUUCGCUUGGUUCAGUGUUUGUUUUAGAUCAUUUGGUGAACGGUUUUUUAAUAACUUUGAAGGAGAGAAAUGCAAAAACAGGAACUGCGUCAUGGAUUUUUGUUCUUCGAACUACCCAACAUGAGUACCGUUUUCUGAAUUACCAAGGUCCAGACGCCUCACAAUGGGUGCAUUUACUUCUAAAAUUCGAUGUUGCGAAUGACUUGUUUUCUGUUUAUAUUAAUGGCAACCAUUCAAUUGAUGGGAUAAAAAGGAAAAGAGAGGGCGGUGGUUUAUAUCAUGCAAAUCAUAUAAAACUGGCUUCUGUCGGCGUAUAUGGUAAAAGAUACUACGCAAUGUUUGAUGACAUGGUGUAUUAUAAUCGUUUGCUUACAAAUGAAGAAAUUCUCAACCUGCACAAAGAGCAAUCAACGCAUUGAUGAAAAAUAUAUAUAAAUCAUGGUGCAGAGACAAACAUAACGUUCGUAUGACAUGAGAUUUGAAAAAAGAAACAAAUUGUUUUAACGGCUUACAUUCACAUAUUUUUAUUUGUUGUUAAGCACGAAAGUAGACAAAAAAAAGUUUGCUGUAACA